AGAUCUGGAUGGUACCAACCCCCUUCAUUUCUUCCUCACAGGUUCUUUGCUCUGACUUCCCUUCGUUUGCUUUUCCUGGUUGCGUUUACCCUCCUAGUAGUAGUGUGUAUAGACCAGUGGAAGCAUAAAAUCUGGCCAGAAAUUGGAGUGGCGAGACCUGACGAAUUAGACAAUGAGAGCUGGGGAUAUGUCCACCCUCGGCUGCUUGGACUGCCAGAGCUCUGUCACCAUUUGGCUGAAGGAUGGGUGGCUGGGACCAACUUCUUAAAUAAUCUCUUCAUUUUCAAGAGGCAAAGCCCUGGCAAGGUAAGAAUGUACAGACCUCAGAAACCUGGACUCUUGCUCUCGUACUUGCUGUUGCUCCUCGUCCUGCUGUGGCCCCUCGCCGUGUACCACCGGCUGGGGCAGCGCAUGUACCUGCGGCUGGAGCCGGCUCUGCAGCGGCUGGACUUCAGCGUCCGGGGAUACAUGAUAGCCCGGCAGCGGGAGAGGCAACUGCGUGCCCAGGCCCUCGGUCAGGAGGCCACGGACGAUGGGAGCGACAGCGAAGAGGAGCUGGCUGCAUUCUGCCCCAAGCUGGAUGACUCUGUGGUCGCCAAGGAACUGACCAUCUCUGACUCGGAGCAUUCAGAUGCUGAGGUUUCCUAUACUGAAAAUGGGAUAUUUAACCUUUCAAGGGGCCAGACUCCCCUGACAGAGGGAUCAGAAGACCUGGACGGACACAGUGACCCAGAAGAAUCAUUUGCCAGGGAUCUCCCUGACUUCCCUUCCAUCAACCCAGAAGCAACUGGCAUAGAUGAUGAAGACGACACCAGCAUUGGGAUCCCAAGCCUGGCAUACCGCCCACAAGGGACAGAGGAUCUGCAUCUCCCGUACGACCAGGAGGAGUCUGGCGCGCUGCCGUCGGUGCAGAAUCUCACCAACAACAUCGCUGGCUUUGUCACCAGGGGGAUGAUCCAGCUGGCACUGUCAGGAGCCCCUCAGCCAGGCUCCUCACGCAGCACCAAUCCCCAGAGAGGGGCAAAGACUCACCUCAGAGCAGUCAGCUCAGACUUGGACACUGAUGCCGAAGGGGAUGAUUUUGAACUGCUGGAUCAGUCUGAGCUGAACCAGCUGGAUCCUGCUGGCUCCCGAGGCCAGUAAGCCAUCCCAUCACUUCCCUCUGGUUUUCUAUUGCGCCUCACGGAGGGAAUCCUGGAAGGAAAAGCCUUGCACAGUUCUCUCAAUCGUCUCCUGUGAGUCUGAGUGACGUGACAGCCAGUCCUGGCUGGGAACAUCACUGUGACUUGUGACUCUGUAGCCUCGCUUGGAUUUUAAAAUAAAGGACACUGGUAAUCCCUAGGGAGAGACAUUGAUGGGAUAGGUCCACAAUCACCCUGUGCUGUCUGACAGGAUGCUGCCUGCUCCAAACUUCCUCACCUAAGACAAUAAAUGUGGUGUCUGCA